GAAUUUAGCGGCAAGGAUCUUCCCUUCAUAGGUUAUAGUUUCGUGCAUAUGGCAAAGCAAAGUGCCGAUGCAGAAGGUGUUGCCGAUGACACCCGUUUCAGUCGUUUGAACACAAAAAUAAAAGAUUUGCAAGCAAAUCUCAAGGAGCGUCUUGAAGAAAUCAAUAAACUCAAGCAACAGCUAUUGCGCGCCGAGCAAACAGCUAAGAAGUCGGAUACACAAUCUAAAAUAUUGCAAGAUGCAAAAGAAGAAAUAAACAAAAUGAAGAAUAUAAUCAAGGAGAAAACAAUGGAAUUGGCAGCUUGCAAAACUCAAAUAAAAACUCUACAGAGUUCCGUUAAAGUAGAAGAAGAAAUGUGGGAGAAAAAGGAAGCAACUAUAACCGAGCUUUUACGUGUAAACCGCCAAAAGUAUGAAGAAGCUAAGAUUGCAUCCGACCAGCGUUAUGAGAAAUUGAUUUCAGAGAAAAAACACGAAUUGUCAAACAUUGUGCGCAAGCUGGAUGCGCGCGAGGCUGAAUUGACUGCUAAGACAGAAGAAUGUAAGCAUCUACAAGAAAAAAUGGAAAACUACAAGGAAAUGUUACGACAAAUCAAAGAUCAAGCCAUUGCCGAUAAAAAAGGAUUCGAGCAAAAUAAAAUGCAAUUAAGUGAAACAUACGAACAAAAAUUAGCAGAGAUGCGUUCGAAGUUGAGACAUGAGAAAGAUUCUCGCUCGCGCCUUACAAUGGAAUUGCGUGAAGUACGUAAUGAGCUAGAUGAUUCGAUAAGUUCUUCGAAGUCGACCCAAGAGGCGAAGUUGGCUACAGAAAAAAACAACGAUGAAAUAUUGAAACGGUUGAACCGUGAGCUAGAAGCGAACAACAGAUUACAUACGCAGAAUUCUCAACUUGAACGAGAGUUGGGAUCCGCACAAAAGACCAUACACGAACAACAGAUUGAGAUUAAUCGUCUUGACCGGGAGUUGAGUGUACUGGAGUGUAGUAAAAACUUGGCUCAGUCAGAACUAACAACUCAACAAUCUACGCCCUACGAAACCGCGCCAG